AUGGCAGGAGGAGGAGGAAGAAGCUUAACUGAAACACCUACUUGGGCUGUUGCAGUUGUUUGUUUUGUUAUACUUUUAAUAUCUAUCGCCAUUGAACACACCUUCCACUUCAUCGGAAAUUGGUUGAAGAAGAAACACAAAAGCGCUCUACACGAGUCAUUAGAAAAAAUCAAAUCAGAGUUAAUGUUAUUGGGAUUCAUAUCAUUGUUACUAACGGUAGGAGAGGGUUUAAUAUCGAAGAUAUGUAUAUCCGAAAAGGUUGCAGCCACGUGGCAUCCUUGUAGCAACAAUGCAGCUAAAGGGGAAGAUUUCGAAGAUGAAUCCGAUGGCCACCACCGGAGAUUACUAGCGGAUUCGCGACGUAUAUUGGCCGGUGGAGGAUUUGAUAAAUGUGCGGAAAAUGGAAAAGUAGCAUUUGUGUCUGCAGGCGGAAUUCAUCAGCUUCAUAUAUUUAUCUUUGUUUUGGCGGUUUUUCAUGUUCUUUAUUGCAUACUUACUCUGGCUCUAGGCAGAGCAAAGAUGAGAAGAUGGAAAAGAUGGGAAGAGGAAACCAAGACUCUUGAGUACCAAUUUACACAUGAUCCUGAGAGGUUCAGAUUUGCUAAUGAGACUUCAUUUGGAAGAAGACACUUGAGUUUUUGGACUAAAAAUCCUAUACUCAUUUGGAUUGUAUGUUUCUUCAGGCAAUUUGUAAGGUCUGUUCCUGAAGUGGAUUACUUAACCUUAAGACAUGGAUUUAUGAUGGCACAUUUGGCACCUUCAAGUCACCAGACAUUUGACUUUAGACAAUACAUCAAAAGGUGUUUGGAAGAAGAUUUUAAAGUUGUAGUAGAAAUCAGUCCUCCACUAUGGUUCAUUGCAGUGUUCUUCCUCCUAUUCCAUACUCAUGGAUGGAACUCUUAUCUAUGGCUACCAUUUGUUCCUUUAAUUAUUGUUCUUUUGGUUGGAACAAAGUUGCAAGUGAUCAUAACUCAAAUGGGUCUAAGAAUCUCAAAACAAGGAAUGGUGGUAAAGGGUGAGCCAGUGGUGCAGCCUGGGGAUGAUCUCUUUUGGUUUAACAAACCUAGACUUAUUCUUUACCUUAUAAAUUUUGUACUCUUUCAGAAUGCCUUUCAACUUGCUUUCUUUUCAUGGACUGCUUUUCAAUUUGGAUUAAAAUCAUGUUACAAUUCUCGUUCAGAGGAUGUGGUGAUUAGAAUCUCCAUGGGGUAA